AUGUACAAACGUCCUGCUGCCCCGACUGCAACAUCUUUACGCAAGCCAUUUCGUACACCGUCCUCUGCUCUCCCCUCCGUCGGCGCAUCCAAGCCAGCCCGCAAACGCAAACGCGUCUCAUACAAAGAGUCUGCAGGCAGUGAUUCAGACUCUGAUGAUGCACGCAAGCGCAAGAAACCGAAAGCGGUUAAGGGGAAGGAGAACGAUCCGGUGUUUGACGAGGAUGGGGAGAUCAUCGUGAGGAAUAUCAACCGACUUUAUGCGACGUUCGAGCUUUCUGGGUCCCGAGUGCAAGUGCUCAGCAGAAGCUUCACCAUCCCCAAACUAUUCAAUUCUCAGGGAGAGCUUGUGCCCACUAUAGCUUCACGUGCUGCACUGGGGCUGCUCACGCCGAAGACGAUCCCGCCUAGGCCCCUACACGACCCCAUGUCUGAUCAUGCGAUCGUCUUGUACGACCCGACGGUGGACGACCGGGAAACAGACGAAGAGCGGCGCGAGCGUUUAGCUGCUGAGGAGAAGGUGCGACAAGAGAAAGAGGCAGAGGAAAAGAGUAAGGAGGAUGGGCUCUUGAAUAUUCAUGGGAAGAGCUUGAGAGAAGUACUCGGGCUCAAGAUGCCUGGAGAGGAGAAGAAGAAGGAAGACAAGGUUCCAGUUGUGAUCGAUCCUGUGCUGGGGAAGGUGUUGCGACCCCAUCAGGUUGAAGGUGUCAAGUUUCUGUAUAAAUGUACCACUGGGGCCAUCGUCGAAAACGCGUAUGGCUGUAUCAUGGCCGACGAGAUGGGUCUUGGAAAGACUCUCCAGUGCAUUGCAUUGAUGCAUACUUUACUCAAGCAAUCGCCGCGGGCUCAAAAGCCGACAAUAGAUAAAGCGAUUAUAGCGUGCCCCUCGUCACUAGUCAAGAAUUGGGGUAAUGAAUUAGUCAAAUGGCUCGGUAAAGAUGGUGCCCCGGGAAUUUUGUCCGUCGAUAACAAGGGUACGAAGGCAGAGCUCAUCGAGUCUGUCAAGCGCUGGGUUGCUGCAGGGGGUCGGAAUGUCACUCAGCCCGUGAUGAUUGUUUCAUAUGAAACACUGCGGACGCUCUGUGCUGAGCUUAUGAACUGCGAGAUUGGCUUGUUGCUAUGUGAUGAAGGCCAUCGUUUGAAGAAUUCAGAUUCCUUAACAUUCCAAGCAUUGAACGGUCUUAAAGUACAACGUCGUGUGAUCCUCUCCGGGACUCCCAUCCAAAAUGAUUUAUCCGAGUACUUCUCCCUGCUCAACUUUGCGAACCCCGACUACCUCGGCUCCAGGAUGGAGUUUCGGAAGAACUUCGAGCUUGCGAUCCUACGCGGACGGGAUGCCGAUGCGACAGACAAGGAGAAGGAGAACAGCGAGGCAAAGCUCAAGGAGCUCGCUGAACGCGUUAGUAAGUUUAUCAUUCGCAGGACCAAUGACCUAUUGUCCAAAUACCUUCCUGUCAAAUACGAGCACGUCGUCUUCUGCACACUUUCGCCUCUCCAACUCGCACUCUAUCGACACUUCAUCAAGUCUCCUGAAACGCAAAGAUUGCUCCGCGGCCAAGGCUCCCAACCACUCAAAGCCAUCAACUUGCUAAAGAAAUUAUGCAACCAUCCCGAGCUGCUUAAUCUGCCUGAAGACUUGCCGGGUUGCGACUCGGUUCUCCCUCCUGAAUAUGGGAACUCGCUGUACGGUGGGCCGAAGGUGAGCAGGGCAGAGAGAGGUGCGCGGGAUCGUGGUAUGGGGGAAGACGUGAGAUGUGAAUGGGGCGGAAAGUUCUUGGUCCUUGAGAGAUUCCUAGAUCGAAUCAAACGCGAAACGAACGACAAGAUCGUCCUUAUCAGUAACUAUACCCAAACACUCGAUCUCUUCGAAAAGAUGUGCCGAUCCAAGCGCUACGGUUUUUUUCGUCUUGAUGGCACGAUGUCAGUUGUGAAACGGCAGAAAUUAGUCGACCAGUUCAAUGAUCCAGAGGGGAAAGAGUUUGUAUUUUUGCUCAGUUCAAAAGCUGGAGGAUGUGGUAUCAAUUUGAUUGGAGCCAACAGACUGAUCUUGUUUGACCCUGACUGGAAUCCAGCUGCUGAUCAGCAAGCGCUCGCGCGUGUUUGGCGUGAUGGACAGAAGAAAGAAUGUUUCGUCUACCGAUUCAUUUCCACCGGUACGAUUGAAGAGAAGAUCUUCCAGCGCCAGGCGCAGAAACAGGCUCUCUCAUCCUGUGUUGUCGACGAAAAGGAAGACGCAGAGAGGCAUUUCAGCGCUGACGACCUUCGCAAGCUAUUCCUGUUCAAGGACAAUACGCAUUGUGAGACGCAUGAUACAUUCAAAUGCAAGAGGUGCAAGGAAGGCAAGCAAUUCAUCAAGGCACCUGCACUUUUGUAUGGUGAUGCCAGCACUUGGAAUCACUAUCAGAACGCGGAACUGACGAAAUUGCAUGAUGACUUGCUGAGAGCCGAGUGUGGUGAACCGCAGGUAUCCACUGUAUUCCAAUACAUUAGUCACUAG